UAAGGAGAGAAACUUGAGGGUAAUCAAUUCAAUACGCAUUCUCAUUUUCUUUCAUUUUCACACACCCCAACCCAACGUCCCACCACCACCACAUAAUCCCAUUCUCCAAAUAAAGAAUUUACCAUUCCUAACAUCCCGCGUUAGAUUUCCCUCAUUUCCCUGAUUACCCGUCUCUUCUCUUCUCUUCUCUUCUCUUCUCAUUUGAAAUUUUUUUAGUUCACCAAAGGAUCAAUCAAGGCAGCCUAGCCUUGUUUUACAUAAUAUCUUGCUUUUUGGUGGAUUCCUCCUGUUUUUAUAUCGAUCUUUAGUCACCUUUCUCAGAGGUUUUUCAAUUAUUUGUUUGAUCUGAUUGAUUGUUGUUUCAUUUCGAAGAAUCUCUGAGAUUUUAUUUGAUUUGAGGUUCGUUCAUUUGAGGCGAAUAUUGGGAAUGUGAUACGUACUUCGAAGGAAUCCGGAGGUUUUCGAGGUAUCAAUGGUUUAAUUCUCAUGACAAACACUAUUAUCAACUUCUAUCUAGUAGAAACAAUCAAAGAGAUUCCAAGAUAUUCGAUUAUUAGCUUAUUUUAAAGAAGGUUCAAAUUCUUUUCGACGAAUAACAGAGAUCUGAGAAUUGGUGAUCGAAGUACGAAGAGUUUCUGCAAAAUAUCUGUAAGGGACUUUGCUUCGAAUAGAAGGUCUGAGAUUGAGGUUUCGUUAUAAUCGUCUCGUUUUCCACGAUCACGAUGGGAGUCGAUUACUACAAUAUCUUGAAGGUGAAUAGGAAUGCCACGGAUGACGAUCUCAAGAAAUCUUACAGGAGAUUAGCCAUGAAAUGGCAUCCAGAUAAGAAUCCAACCAACAAAAAAGAAGCAGAGGCUAAAUUCAAGCAAAUCUCAGAAGCCUAUGAAGUCUUGAGUGAUCCACAGAAAAGGGCAGUCUAUGAUCAAUAUGGAGAAGAAGGGUUGAAAGGAGCGACCCCUGGUUCCUCUGGUGGUGGUGGUGGUGGAUUCCCCUUUGGCGGCGGAAGUUCUGGUGGUCCAAAUGAUUUCAUGUUCAACCCAAGGAACGCAGAGGAUAUCUUUGCAGAAUUCUUUGGGAGCAGCCCUUUUGGGUUCGGGUCAACAGGUCCGGGGAGGUCUAUGAGAUUCCAAUCGGAUGGAGGUGGGAUCUUCAAUGGGUUUGGUGGGACCGAAAAUCACUUCCGAACGUACAGUGAGGGGGUCGGUCCUGGAGGAGGCAUGCCCCGGAAGCCACCGCCGGUGGAGAGCAAGCUACCAUGUAGCCUUGAGGAGCUGUACACCGGAUCAACAAGGAAGAUGAAGAUCUCCAGGAAAGUGGUUGAUGUUAAUGGGCGACUAAUUCCAGAGUCUGAGAUCUUAACCAUCACUGUGAAGCCUGGGUGGAAGAAGGGAACAAAGAUCACGUUUCCAGACAAAGGAAACGAACAGACAAACCAGCUACCAGCUGAUCUCGUAUUUGUAAUUGAUGAGAAGCCCCAUGAUGUCUACCAGAGGAAUGGCAAUGACCUCGUUGUAAAACAGAAGGUGUCAUUAGCAGAGGCACUUGGGGGAACCACUGUUAACCUCAAAACUCUUGACGGUCGUGAACUGAAUAUUCCAGUAACUGAUGUUGUGAACCCAGGUUUUGAGCUUGUGAUUGCAGAGGAAGGGAUGCCAAUCGCCAAGGAGCCAGGGAACAGGGGCAACCUAUCUAUUAAAUUUGAAGUAAAGUUCCCGACAAGAUUAACCUCUGAGCAAAAGGCAGGUCUCAAGCGUAUCCUAGGAGGUUGAUUAUAAGGAUUAUCUUCAUCAACAAAGAUAUCUAUAUAUAUGUUAGUGACUCCAUUCUUCACAUCAUUCCAAUUUGCUUUUGUUCUGUAUUGAGUUGAGUAUCAAUCAGGAUGGGGCUCAGUCAAUUGGCUUAGUGUAUCCAAUGUAAAAUGGAUGUUGAGUACUUUCUCAUUCUUGAUGUGUAGUUUCCGGUUUUGUUGUUGUACUUUAUUCUUGUUGGUGGUCACCCUUAGAACCUCUUUAGCUGAGAUUGUUGUACCCAAAAGUCCAAGACCACACUAUUUUUGUAAAGGGAAUCCUACUUAAUUUUCCAAUAUACUCCCAUUUGAGCCUA